AUUCUUUCGUUUUAAUCCGACAGUUUUAUUUUAGAUUGGAAGGACCACAGUUCCUUCGAAAUAUUCGAACAAUAUAUUUUUAUAUCUUUUAAUUUAUUAUAGUUUUUGUGAUAUAGUAAAAUGGCAGUUGGUCUCUGGUUUUAUCGAAUUUCCAUUGCAAUAAUUUUCAUUAUUUAUUCCAUUCAUCUUAUUAAUGGCUCUUGCCCACCCCAUCAGUUUCAGUGCGAAAAUGGUAGGUGUAUUCCCGUAACAUGGCACUGUGACGAAGACAACGACUGUGGUGACAAUACCGAUGAGACUAGCUGCGAAUUUAGGACGUGUUCUGAUAAUGAGCUUAAAUGCGAUAAUUCUAAGUGUGUUCCUAAUAGAUGGAUAUGUGACAAUGAAGAUGAUUGUGGUGAUAAAACAGAUGAAGAUCCUAAGUAUUGUCAAAACAAGACUUGUGCUCCUGACCAGUUCAGUUGUGGUUCUUCAGGCCUCUGUAUUCCAAUUACUUGGAGAUGUGAUGGGCAAGAAGACUGUGCUGAUGGAUCUGAUGAAAAAGUCGAUUGUCGUCAGAUAACAUGCACAGAAGAAGAAUUUACAUGUGAUAAUAACAAGUGCAUUACUAAGCGGUGGGUUUGUGAUCAAGACAAUGAUUGUGGAGACUCUAGUGAUGAAAGGAACUGCCCAAAUGUGACAUGUUCUGCAUCAGAAUUCAUGUGCACAAAUGGGAAGUGCAUACCAGAGAGAUGGCGUUGUGAUGGAGAUGUUGAUUGCAUGGACAGGUCAGAUGAACUUACGUGUCCUAAAGUAACUCUGAAGAACUUUUGCAGUAAAAAUGAGUUUAUGUGCAAAUCUAGAGAAUGCAUUCACCUAGAUUGGGUCUGCGAUGGUGAUCCUGAUUGUUCAGAUAGCUCUGAUGAAGCUAAUUGCACAGUAACUUGCAGCAGCCACCAAUUUACAUGCAAAAAUAAUCGGUGUAUAGAUGGUACUGCACAAUGUAAUGGUGUCAAAGAUUGCACAGAUAACUCUGAUGAGCUAGAUUGUCCCACCCAGGUUCCUAGAGAGUGUAAUCCAAAAACAGAGUUUGAUUGUGGCAACAGGCAAUGUAUACCCAUUGAACUUGCUUGCAAUGGAAAAAACGAUUGCGGAAAUUGGGAGGAUGAACCACGAGGAAAAUGCAUUGUGAAUGAAUGCCAUAGGAAUAACGGAGGAUGUGCCCAAAAAUGUGUAGAUGAUAUAAUUGGUUUCCACUGUGACUGUUUUACUGGAUUUCAAUUGCUUGAUAACCAAACAUGUGAAGAUGUUGAUGAAUGCGAGCUGUAUGGUUCCUGUUCCCAAGUCUGUAAUAAUACAAAGGGCAGUUUUAAAUGUUCCUGUUUUGAAGGCUACAGUAUUGAACCUUCUAAUCAUCGACGCUGUAAAGCACAACAGGGCCAUGCUGCUGUGCUGUUUGCUAAUCGACGAGAUUUACGAAAAAUCCAUUUGGAGUCAUCAGAAUAUACUCUAGUUGCUAGUGCUCUUCGUAGUGCUGUUGCUAUAGAUUAUGAUUACGGAAAAAGAGUAGUUGUAUGGAGUGAUGGUCUGGAAUCAAAAAUAUACAGUGCUCCCAUUGCUUAUGGCUUUCCUAUAACUGAGGUGGUUUCAAACAUUUCUAUGCCAGAUGGCAUUGCUGUUGAUUGGAUACAUGGCAAUGUGUAUUGGACUGAUACAGCUCUGAAUACUAUAAGUGUUUCUCAACUCUAUGGAAAGGCAAGGAGGACUUUGUUUAGAAAAGACGUCGAUGAACCUCGAGCUAUUGUUGUAAAUCCAUUAGAAGGGUGGUUGUUUUGGUCCGAUUGGGGAGAACCUGCCAAAAUUGAACGAGCUGGCAUGGAUGGCACUCAUCGCAGUGUUGUUAUUUCUCAGGAUAUAAGGUGGCCAAAUGGACUUGCAAUUGACAUUGUGACUAAAAAAAUCUUCUGGGUUGAUGCUAAGCUUCACACACUGAGUAGUGCUGAUUAUGAUGGUUCUAACCAACGUGUGGUAUUAUCUUCAUCCUUUGCCAUCAAACAUCCAUUUGCUUUGGACGUAUUCGAAGAUUGGGUGUACUGGUCUGAUUGGGAAUCAGAAAGUAUAUCCAAAGUAGAUAAGUUUACCGGCAAAGAUGUUGAAGUUGUUGCAAACGGUAUAUCUUCACCCAUGGGAUUGCGUGUUUAUCACAGCUAUAAGCAACCAAAAGGGGUAAACUAUUGUGGAUCUUUGAAUGGUGGUUGCUCUCAUCUUUGUCUACCUUCGCCCCAUAUCUCUAAAUCAUCUGCCAAAUACACCUGUGCAUGUCCAGAUGGAAUGGUGCUUUCAGACAAUGGCCUUAACUGCUUGUAUUUAGAUAAGCCAUUUCGAUACACUACUACAGUAUUGCCUACCACUAAACCCCAAAUUGUUAUGAAUAACUUUUCUUCAAAUACUUAUGCACCCACAGUUCUUGCCCCCACUGAAACCAGUACACUUUCGAAAGUUAGUUCUACAGUUUCAACUACAACAACUACUAAGUCCACCCCUUUAUCAACCACCGGUUCAACAUCAGCUUCAUCCACUAUGGAAACUAAUUCUACAAGUAGCAGCUCUUAUAGUUCUAGCACCGAGUCCUCUUCUUCUACCAUGGUUGUUACACUAUCCCCUCAAGAGUCCAUCUUAAUGAAUGAAACAAUCCAGGCAAUGGAAGAUGUGAUAGAUGAUUCCGGGCGCAUAGCUGGUAUUGUUAUUGGAGUAUUAAGUGGCCUCUCCCUGGUUCUUGCCUUGGUUGGGUUUUGUGUUUACAAGCAAUAUGUAAGGCGUAAUGUUACCAGUAUGAAUUUUGAUAAUCCAGUAUAUAGAAAAACUACAGAAGACCAAUUUAGUCUGGAGAAAAACCAGUAUCAACCGGCCAGGUCUUAUCCAUCUAGUCUAGAACCUCUUACAUCACCAGGGACCAAUGAGUUUGUAUAAUCCAUGUUUACAGCCAACUGAUGCCAAAAGAUGGUGUGAUCAAUUAGUGAGUUGUACAUAAAAAAGACUUGAGUGUGUUAUGAGUGAUAAAUUCAUUUGUAUAUGAAGAAGAAACUGAAUUUUAUGAACUGUUUCAUGGAUGACUGCGAAUCGACUUUCGAUUUUUAGAUCUCUUGAGCUACUUUUAACAGUUAAAGAAUUUUUUUUUGAUAAUUUUUAUUUAUUAAAUUUUUGUAGUGUAUGCAUAAAAUGAUUGUGAAGAUUUAUUAUUUUUUUUUUUGUAUAUAUAAUUGCUGUUUAAGUUCUUAAAAAUGAUCAGCUUGCAGUGUCUAAAAUAGUUGCAAUUUUUAUGCUCAAUAAUUUAAUUAUGUAUGUUUAAAGCAAAGUGGCUGUAGCGUAUUGGCCACCUUGUACAUUUUAGACAUGCAAUAUAUGUGUUUUGCCAGUACAUUUGAGUCUUGAAAUUGCACAUUUUACGAUGACUUUACAAGGUUAAGAGCACAAUAUAUAUCUUGUUGGGAAAAAACUUUACUGUUCAUAACUUUUAUUUAUAUAUAUCAGACUAGUCUAAUAGCUUAUAGAUAAUUUAGGGAUAAUAAAUAUUUAUCAUUAAAUUUAUGGAUUGAUAAAAAAUAGGUAAGAGGAAUUGUCUUUCCUGAAGCAUCAUAAGAAAGAAGUGAAAUACUAAAGCGUCAUCGAUAAAUGUAUUUUUAUUAAGUAAUGAGUCAAAUAAUUUUUUUUUCUCAAUUUAAGCGUUUAAUAUUUGAUUAAAAAAUAUUUUGCAAUCCAUUUUUAUCUUGUUAAAGCUUUAUUUUUCAAUUUUUAGAAAUUUUUUUUUUAUUUUUAUUGGAUGUUAUCAAGUUAAUAGCUUAAAUAAUUUUGAUGUAUCUUUCCAAUAUAUUGUUAAGCUUUUAAAGUUAGUUCACCCACAUGAUAAAGAAGCUUAAACAUCUUUCUUGAGUUCUUCUUAAAAAGAAAAGUUAAGACAGUUGUUUCAUAGAUAAUCAUGCUUUCAUUUUGAGAAAGCAAUGUUUUCAUCUUUGAAAUAAUUACAAUUAAGUUAUAUUUAAAAUGAUAUUGCUCAAAAUCGUAACUACAUUUUAUUUUGUUGUUUUAAUAUCAGUAGAUUUAAUCAACCAUUUCAAGUUUUAUUAAUAAAACCUACUCAUAUUAACAAGAUGCAGUUAUAUAUUUUAAAUACUUUGCUUAUUUUAAUUUUGAAAUAAUUUUUAUUGAUACUAUAUGAUGAAUUAAAGUUAAUUAUAUUUAAUUGUAAUUCAUGGUAUAUUUAUUUAAGCAAAAAACUUUUUUUAUUGAAUGGAAGUUGGGCUGUAUUGUUUAAACUAAUAGUUACAUUUUAUUUAUUUAUUUGGUUCAUUUAAAUAACCAUUUUAUGCUUUAUUAGUUAAAAUACUAAUAUAAAUUAAAUGCCUGCCUAAAAUUGGAAUAGUGUUGUAAUAUUUUUAUUAUUUUUGCAAUUACAUUAGUUGCAUUUAUAUUAAAUUUUAUGCAAUCAAAAACUUGAUUUUUUUUCAAGUGUUAAAGAUAGGCAAAGAACUUAAAUUUCUUAAAAUAUUUUUAUAAUGAAUUGAUCUCUGAGUAGCAAUAAUUGUUUACUGCUUUUGGAUUGCAUGCAUUUUAAGUGUUCAGUGUUUGUUCAUUUAGUUUAGAUAGCAAAAAAAUGUAAACUGAUUUAUGGAUUGGGAUUUUAAUUUAAGUUCAUUCAUGAAUUUCUUUGUCAGCUUGUUUUGCAUUUGUAAGUACUUUCAUUAUCAUAAUCUAUCUGUGUAAGUUUGUGUAAAAAUUAAAUUUGUUUAGAAGGAUUGUAUUAAAUUACAGUGUUAGGAGCUUUAUAACUAGGAAAACUAUUAGAUAAGGUCGGAUCAAAUGAGAGACAUUUAUGUACAGUCAUAUGGAACAAAAUAGAAGAAGUUAAUAAAUUUUAAAUACCAAAUCUGCUUUAGUAUAAAUUAUUAUUUUUAAAUGCUUUCAAACAGAAAAAGUUUUUGAUGAAGUUUUUUUAUGAUUUAUAAUUUUUUUUCUUUGUUUUUAGUUUGCAUGUCUUACAAACAUUUAUAAGGUAACAAUAUGGAUUAGCAUAGUUAGCAAAUUUAGUUGUGCUGUUUGACUAAAUUUGGUUGUCAAACCAAAAAAAUUUUACUACUAGUUCUUAUAGAGUUCUAAACAUUAUUCACUUAGUUUUAAGAUCACCCUACAUAUUAACCAUUUAAAUUGAUUUAAAAGAAAUUCAAAUCGAUGACAUUGCUAAAUUUUUGUUUCAAAUUCAUUACUGCCUGUCAUUGACUGUGUUUAUUAUUUCAUUACUGGCUUUUAACUUUUAAACUGACCACAUGGUUACAGUUUGUCUUGGUUGGUAUUGCAAACUGUGCAUUUUUUAGUGCAAAGCUUUGUGCAAAGCAUUUUAAUGAUCUUUAAAAUGUUUGUUGGAAAUGCAUAUCAGAAAACUAUUUAUUAAACUAUGCAAUAUUUGGAAUAUAAACUAGUUGUCUUAUUCAUAGUGUAUAGAAACUAAUGUUUUGCACUAUUAUCCCUCUAUUGCAAAUGACAUUGAAAAGCUACUUAGUUUACAGUUUGAUACAAUAUAUUAUAGUAUCAGUGUAUCUAUGUACCAGUGUAUCUGUGAUGUAUUUUUUUUUAUACUAUUUUCAUGGUUUCUCAGUUAGGCAAUUGAAUUAUGAUAAAUAUUUUUCGUUACCUGGCAUUAACCUAUUAAUACAGUGUAACUUUUUAAAUUGAUCACUUUGUAAGUUGAUCACCUGUCUAAGUUGGCCUGCUUAAUUGAGCACUAAAACAGUAGCACUUGUAAGUUGAAUGUCUUUCUAUGUGGACCAUCAAAUUGGUACUUCACAAGUGGUCAACUUAUUUUUUCAUGGCAUUUUCUGUUAUGCAAUUAAAACAUCAUGGAGGGGAGAAAUAUAUAUAAUUUAUAGUAUUAAUCUGUCUGAUGAUAAAAAUCAAUUUAAUACAAUGCAACCUUCUAAAUUGAUCAACUGUCUAAAUUGACCUGCAUAAUUAAGCACAAAAACAGUAUCAUUGCCUCUAUAAGUUGAAUAUAGUUCUAAAUGGACCAUCAAAUUGGUAAUUUGCAAGUGGUCAUCUCAUUUUUUCAUGUCAUUUUCUGUUUUGUAAUUAAGUAGGAAAAAUAUUUUUUGUUGCAUAGUGUUAAUCUAUCUGGUGAUAAAUAACAAUUUAAUACAGUGUGAUCUUUUAUGUUGACCACAAAAGGAAGUUGAACAUCUAUGUGAACUGUAAAAUCGGUACUUCACAAAUGUUCAAUUUAUUAAGAUUUCACUGUAUCUCAUUAUAUGCCUCCGGCUUAUGAGAAAAGUAUGUACUGCUUAUUUGUAAUAGUAAAAAAUAUAAAUAACUAAUAUUCAGAACUCGUGGUUAUUUGAAAUUAAACUAGAAACCAGAAAAAGAGAAACCGAAUAUCUCAGCUGUGAUGAAAAUUCGUUGGAAUGAACUUUGCUCAACACUAAAAACGGUUUAAUAUUUAUGAAUAACUUCAUUUGCAGAAAAUGUUUCACGAUGUAAUAGAGGGAUGAUAAUUUGUUGUUUUUGUAGAUAAAUCUGUUAAAUUUAAAUUUUAAAUGUUUCAUCCCAUAGAAAUCUAUUCUUGUUGUUUGUAAAAUUAUUUUCAUGACUCUAUUCUCAGUAGUUAUCAGAAUUAAAUUUUUUUUUUAAACUUUAAGUGUUGAAUCCAUGCCUGCUAUUUUUAUGUUAUUAUUUGUAGAAUGUUUUCUAUGCAUUGUUGAGAAGUUGAAUUGUGUACAAAUGGAAAAAUAGUUUUUAACUUCAAGGUUUCUGUGGACACCCAAACAAAUAAAAAAAAAAUAUCAGAACAAUGCUCCAGAUACAUAAAAACUUUAUAUAUGAUAUUCAAAUUUUAAAUAAUGUAUUCAACAAUUGUCAUUGUUAUGCAAGUUGAAUAAAUUUAACAUUUUUUAAACCACAUUAUUGUGAUAAAUAUUUU